AUGACUGAAAAAGGAGAAUGGCAUGAUUCCAAUGGCAUGUUCGACGAUCCUUUUUACUGCAUCAAUGUGACUGUGGUGGAGGAGAAGAUGUCCUGGGAGGACGCUCUGAGUCACUGCAGAGAGAAACAAACUGAUCUCCCCAGUUUGACCUCUAAGACCGAUCUCCUCCUGGCCCAGUCUGAGUACACUCAAAGUACUCAAGUACUCAAGCACAACCACACUGAGCAGCUGUGGAUCAGCCUGCGUUUCCUGGGUGACCGCUGGAUGUGCGUGAACGGUGACCCUCUGGAAGAUGAGGCCUGGUCCCAAGCAAGAGGUCAAGACCACCAGUGUCCAAUCAGGAAACGCUGUGGAGCUUUAACCAAAGAGGGACUGUGGGAGAACUGGGACUGUGAAGAUAAACUCAACUUCAUCUGCGUCUGA